CUAUCCAAAGGCCUAUUCAAGAGGGCUAUUAUGGAGAGCGGCGCCCAUAUGUAUAACAAGGAUAGGGAUAUCGUUAGUAAAGACGAGUCAAUACUUUUAGGCAAACGGAUAGCAAAAGAGCAGAAUUGCAGCGAAAGUGAGGAUUGGUUGCAAUGUUUGCGAGGAUUGGAUGCAAAAGUGUUCAACAAAUACACGAUUCCUUUAACAUAUCCAGUAUUGGGCACUGAAUUCCUACCCAUUUCUGCCCAAAAGGCUUUUGCAGAGAAAAAAUACAAUUCAGAUGUGGAUAUAAUGGCCGGCAUUGCCAGCACUGAGGGCUCAAUGUUAGCACAGGAUUACGUUAAAAAUAUGCUGACUUUAACUAACUUUAUUGAGUCCACAAAAACAUCGGACAGUGUUUACCACGGAUUGGAUGUGAAACGUGUGGACGACUAUUAUUUACAAAAUGUCCACAAAAACAGUUCACUUGAGCUCAAGAAAGCGUUUUAUCAAUUGUUUGGCGAUUUAAUGAUGAAAUGUCCGACAUAUCUGUUUGCUAAACAAGUGGCCACAAAUGCAAAACCUGGUCAUAAUGUAUAUUUCUACCAGGUCACUUAUCAAAACAAAUAUUUUGCUCAUAUGAUUGGCUGCGAUCGAGAGGGUAUGGGUGUCUGUCACGUCGCUGAAACAUCAUUUGUCUAUGGAUUGCCUUAUCUAAUACCUGACGCUUAUAGCGAUACCGACGCUAUAUUUAGCGCAGAUUUAAUAAAAAUGUGGACUAAUUUUGCUAAAUAUGGGUAA